GUGGCAGGUUGUGCAAAUAUGGAGAGACUUUGACACGUCAUUUGUCUGCGCCGAUCCACCUCUACUUACCCAUCGAUUUCGUGAUGGCGGAACAGGAGUCUGAAGUGAAGAGGGUGAUAAAGCUGGUUCCUGAAAACCUGUUGAAGAGGAGGAAAUCUUAUCAAGCUAUCAAAGCCACCGAGGCCAAGCGUGCACUUCUAGAGAAGAGAAAGGUAUCCAAAGGCAAACCAUUGAAGUUCAAGCGCUUAGAGGACUUCCUGAAGGACAGCCAUAAAAAGCAUCGUGAUGACACUCGUAUCAGGAGAGCACAUAAUAGACCAGCUCCACCCAUGCCCCCUGCAAAGAACAGACUGGCCUUUGCUGUCCGCAUCAGAAUGAUCAAAGGAGUCAGUCCCAAAGUUCGGAGGGUGAUUCAGAUGUUACGUCUGAGAAAGAUCUUCAGUGGUGUCUUCGUCAAAGUAAACAAGAAUUCAAUGGGCAUGUUAAAAAUGGUUGAACCCUAUGUGGCAUGGGGGUUCCCCAACUUGAAAUCAGUUCGUGAGCUGAUCUUGAAACGAGGACAGGCAAAGAUCGACAAGCGGAGGGUUGCUCUCACAGACAACACUCUAAUUGAGCAGCAUAUGGGCAAGUUUGGUAUCAUCUGCCUGGAGGACCUGAUUCAUGAGAUCUACUCAGUGGGGAAGAACUUUCGUGUUGUCUCCAACUUCAUAUGGCCAUUCAAGCUGUCUGUGGCUCGUCACGCUGCCAGUGACAAGGCGGGUCUCAUGAAGGACAUAGGCAACCCAGGACCCAGAGGGACAGACAUCAACUCAGUCAUCAGGCAGCUCAACUGAUUGCGCCAAUGUUUCACAUCAGACUUUUUCCUUGAGCUAGUGAUGGACUGUUACCUGUCAUGGGCUAGUCCUUGGUGAUUUGGUAAUGUGUGUCAAGCCGUCGGUACUGGGAUUUACAAUGCUUUAAAAAACCCUUAAGAUUAAGGAUGUAAUGAAUCUGCGUGUUACCACCUCUGGCGCAAAGUUGGAAGUCAUUGUACUGGGCCUGAUUGGUAUGGAUAUUUGGAUUAUGCUGGGAUUAGACAGCAUUGUCCCUGCCUUUGAAAAAUAGGGUGUUCUCAGCGUUACCCCCUCUGCAGUUUGCAGGCCAUUAUAUGGAGAUGUUAAUUGCAUCAUCACUAAUAUGUAGUCAGUGAUGUCACUGUGAUUUUGUGGUGUAUGUGAGAUAAUGUUUUUAUUUUUUUCAAUAAACUGAAAUGAUUUUUGUACUUUGGAGUGCAGUAAAUCUUGCCUCACAGUCGUCUCCUAUCUGUUAAUUAUCAAUUGUAGCAGUUUGGUUUCAGAGAUAAAUGGUUAGGGCUCAUGUGAUUGUGUUUUCUUUGCCAGUCACUUUGCACCAAUUGUAUUUGUUGAGGGGGUGUCUGCUUUUGCUGUAGCGCAUGUCUGUUUCAUUAAAUAUUAUCUUGCCAUUA